GCCGUUAGUUAGGCUCCCGAGGUUCGAUUGUGAUCUGGUUUCAUGGAUCGAAUCGGGACAAGUAGUCGGAGAAAUGGGAGUAAAAGAAUCAGUGAAGGUUGGAAGUAGCUAUGGCUUCUUCUUCUCCAUCUGGUUUCUUCUGUCAGUUACGCCGCUACUCGUGUAUUCACGAACGCUCUCAGGUGAUCCUGAUCCUGAUCCGUGCGAUGCAAUGAAACAGAGAGAGUUUGAGAAACUCAGAUCGGAUCAGAUCACCGUCCUAAUCAACGGUUACUCCGAGUCCCGUAUCCCUCUUCUUCAAUCAAUCGUAGCCGCGUAUUCAGGAUCCUCAAUCGUCUCAUCGAUCUUACUCCUCUGGGGAAACCCUACCACCCCUGCUCAAGUGCUUCACCAGUUAUACCACAAUCUCACUCGUCACUCGCUCGGUACAGCUUCGAUCUCUCUGAUCCAGCAAUCGUCGAGCAGCCUCAACGCCAGGUUCCUCCCUCGCGCUUCUGGUGUAGACACUCGCGCUGUUUUGAUCUGCGAUGAUGACGUGGAGGUGGACAAGAAGUCGCUGGAGUUCGCCUUCUCCGUGUGGAGGUCGAACCCUGAUCGUUUAGUAGGGAUGUUUGUGAGGUCGCACGGUUUUGAUCUGCAGGGGAAAGAGUGGAUCUACACUGUUCACCCGGACAAGUACUCCAUCCUCCUCACCAAGUUCAUGAUGAUGAAACAAGAUUAUCUGUUUGAGUAUAGCUGCAACGGUGGUGUGGAGAUGGAGGAGAUGAGGAAGAUCGUUGACCGGAUGCGUAACUGUGAGGAUAUAUUAAUGAAUUUUGUGGCUGCGGACAAGCUGAGAGCAGGUCCAAUCAUGGUGGGAGCAGAGAGAGUUAGGGAUUGGGGAGAUGCGCGUAACGAAGAGCAAGAGCAAGAAGAAGUGAGAGAAGUUGGGUUGAGUAGUAGAAGAGUGGAACACAGGAAGAGAAGAGGCAAUUGCAUUAGGGAGUUUCAUAGAGUUAUGGGGAAGAUGCCAUUGAUGUAUAGUUAUGGUAAGGUUGUCAACUCUGUUGGGGAACAAGGCUUGUGUCGUAAAUCCGGAAAGCUUGUGUUUUGUGACCGAGAUUGAACCUGCCUUCAAAGCAUUAUAGCAACUUGUAAACUAAAUGCUUCAGUUCAAAUGAGUGUAUUGUUACGAUUUGACAAAGGUAUGUAACCACUAAACUAAUGUUUGUAAUAAAAUAUUAGCGACUUGGGGAUU